AUGUCGAGCUUCUGCAACGACGCGAGGCCUGAACGUGUCUGGUCGACGCCGAAGUACGCGGCCUGGCUGCCGCGGCAGGGCAGAUCGUACCCCCUCGAAUCAAGGAAUCUCCCAUCAUCGCGCGUCCCUCCUCUUGAAAGCCACGCUUCUUCUGGCGUCUGCUCCUCCACGGCCGCCAUCCACUAUUCCAGCGGCGACAGCGAAACUACGCCCAUCUCGAGCACGCAUUGGUCCCUGCCCUGA